AAACAUGUUGCAGCUCACUGGAUUCCCCGGCUGGAGAUGUGGCCUAGCGAGCGCCGUCUGAGCCACAUGAGGGACAACACAGAAACAAAACAUUGUAACUAUGCUCCAAUUAUCCCCAUCCAUCCCCCGACCUUAGUCGACGGGCCUAAUCGGCUAUUCCUUUCAGGCAAUAACUUCAUCGCAGACACAAUGUCCUUUGACGCACCUUGAGCUUCUACUUCGAAUUUCAGUCCAAGGAAGAUGUAGUAAAAAUCUCUUCCUUUGUCAUUGGAUUGUCCUUUGGAUAGCCUCUUUCUCCUUACUCCAUCUUUCAUUUCCUAGGAUGGGCUGUGCAGUUGAGGACAACUCGUCUCUUAGAGAAAUAGGUAUCUCAUCCGUCCACUCUGGUGGCAUCACAUUCUUUUAACAAAUAAGUGAAACAACAUCGCAAUGGCCCGAGCUUCACUAACUUUCACCUCCCUCGCCUUCCUCAUUUUCAUUACUCCGUUAGCUCUCGCCCAAUCCUCUGGUACCAUUAACCUUUCAUCCACCUCAGUAUGUGUCAUUAUCGCUCAAAUCGCCUCCCUAUCUUCACCCAACGCCAUCUCGGCGAUGAUGCCCAUCUGCCCAGACUCUGGUGAUACCGCCAUUGCCUGGCCGCUUACGACUACCGGAGAUGGUGCAUCUUCCAGCAUCGCAAUCUACGCCCACACAACUGCCAUUAAUGGAGGGGUCAGUCUCGGUUGUGUGAUGGGCCUCAGCCAGAUGCAGGCGAUGUAUCUCUUGGGAAGGGAUCUGACGUGGGACGACAGUGCUGGUACGCUGUACGACAACACUGCUGGCGGGAAUCUACUCGAUCCUACCACCUAUGCUACUAUAACCUGUGGAUCAUCCGAAACGCUCCUUCCAUCAGGGCUCGUGCUGCCUGACCCAUCAUCUAACGCCGCUGGAGCUUCAGUCUGGGAUCAAACCAUUACUCUGACCUCUGGUGCCAAAGCUUCCGGUGGAAACAACGAUGAUGUUGUCGAAAGCACUGUUGCCGAUGUUACCUCGGUUGCCGCGCCGGCCAGCUCUACCAUCCUAAUGACUUCUGCAGCUGCCAAGACCUCAGCUGCUCCUGUCACUUCAGUUUACCGUAUCACAUCGGCUGUGCCUGAGACUUCUGCUGCAGCAGAGACCUCGGAGGCUCCCUCAAGUACCGAUCAAUUGGCAGUCCAGACUUCCAGCCCUCUCUCUCCCUCUCCUAGCUCCACUAUAAAUGAGGCUUCGCAAACUAAAGCAGUUGUCACUUCCCCUAAGUCGGUCAUUAGCGACCAACUUAGCUAUUCCGCUACCCCUUCGCUUACUGCUGUAGAGCCUUCUAGUGUUUCAGAAGUGGUUGACGUUCUUACGACGUCUUCGACCACUUUCCACGAAGUGGGCAGCUCCGGCUCGCCUACUUCCUCGGAGAGCGACUCGGACCAGGCGAACUUUGAAUCUUCAGGCCAGCCGGUGGCGGUACAAACCAGCUCGCCUGCCCCUCAACCAAUCUCUGAUACAGUUCAGCAACUCUCGUCUACCCAACAAGAGACAACAGUUGAAGCUCAAAUUUCUGCUCAGCCAGAGACCUCUGCUCAACCUCAAACUUCUGGCCAGCCUCAGACUUCUGCGCAGCCCCAAACAUCUGACCAACCUCAAACAUCUGGUCAGUUUCAAUCAUCAGCUCAGCCCUCAGGGUCGUCUUAUCGAUCGGAAAGUAAUGAACAACCUACCAGGGCCGACUCUUCGUACGCCUCCGAUCCUACUUCUGCUUAUCAGGCUAGCUCUAGUCACCCGGAAGACUCUACACCUACAUUGAUUCAAUCUUCUGACAGCGCUUCCUUCUCUACCACUGAUGGGAAUGAUUACUCCUCCGAUAAUGGCGAUUACGAUAACACCAGUGUCAUUGCUGUACAGACUAGCGCUAGUUUGAAGGCAUCUCCGUCAGUUGUUCAAUCAGAAAAUCAACGUGUCACCUCUUAUGAUGCCUCAACUUAUCAAGUGGCUACGGCCAGUCUUUCGAGUUCGGCGUACCUUACCGACACCGCCUACGAAAGUAGUAACGAUGAUAAUUUGAGCGAUUCUGAGGAAGUACCGCAGACUUCUCCUUCGCAGUCGCUGAGUGCACCAACCAGCGCAUCAGCCGCUAUAGUGUCAAACACUUAUCUCAUCUCUUCGAAUAGCUCUGAUAGCUCAGAUGGAGGUGUCACCGUCACUGCCCUUGACGCUAGGCCUUCAUCCACCGCUCAAGCGUCAUCCUCGCAAACUGACGUCAACGAAGCUGGAUCAUCAUCCUCUUCUGCAUCAUCGUUCGAAAGCAAAAUCUCCCCCAGCGGUAGCGACGACAAUGGCAGCCCAUCCGAGACCGAUCAGUCUCAAUCCCAAUAUUUUGAGCCGAGCUCGUCCGAUGUCUCCACUGAACAAUUUACCACGCCUACCUCUUCCCACCAGCCGACAACAUACGCAGCCUUCAUUAUGCCUGCAUCUUCCAGCUCUGCAAGCUCAGACGAGCCAUUUGUCUUUACUGUCGGAGGAAUGACCAUUGGACAGUUCACCGAAGCUGGUGCCGAUGCCAUGAUAGCUGUGCAAUUCAGUUCUACUUCGACGACUGAUAGCCCGGCGGCUGAGAAUAGCGCGUGGGCCGAGACUGCUGCUGUUGAAAACAUUGAAGGCACUGAUGCAACGAGCACAAGUGCGUCUGAAGUGGUCGCUGCUUCGGCUGCACGCACAAGCAGUGCCUUCUUAGCAGAUGGUAACAAUGGUAGUUGGGUUAGUUCAGUGAAUGAAAGCGUCAGUCCGGGUGCACCCACGAGUUCGGAAGAAGCAAGGGAGACAAGCGACAGUAACCGAUCUGGCGAAGACAAUUAUGGUACCUACUCGUCGGCCAGCGCGAGUACAGAGGAAACAAGCAAAGACAACAACCAAAGAAGUGGCGCCGGCGAGAACACUGCGAGUGUCACUGUUGACUAUAUAACCACCUCUCCCACGCAAAGUUCAAGUAUCGUCAGCGCCUCCUACACUGACCAGCGAUGGUCGGCUUCUCAAGCCAAAGCCACUGUAGGGGGAGAGAGCGAAGGCUCCAAGGUGUCUGCUGCACCGACGAUAUUUAGCAUAUUGUCAAACAGCACCAGUUCCAAUGAUUCUUUUGGGCGAGAAUCGUCGGAUGACAAACGUCAAAGUCUGUCAGCGACUUCUUACCAAGCAAACUUUACCAUCACUGGUGAAAGCGCAAUGGUAAGCGCCAGUGGUCACUCACACCACCAGAGUGAUACAGCUGUCAAUGACAUGAUUUCCCAAAUCAUUGCCGUGGAAACUUCUGCAAUCUCGUUCGACAGCUCUCCUCUUUCGUCUGUAUACAGGUUUUCCAAAGGCGACGACACGUAUACAAAAUCAGGUUCCCCUGGGGCCGAGCCUACUAGCAUGUCACCUUGGGCUCAAGCUCUCAGCAACAAUAGAAACAGCAGCGCAUCUAUUUCGGAAAUUAUCCGCACUGCAUCUUCGCUUGUAAGUGGCGCGAGUUACUCGCUGGAAAGCGCAAGUACCCAGAAAGCGGUUGUGACGGGAGGUCAGAGCAGCGGAAAGACAUGUGCGAGGAAGAGGAAAGAGAAAGCGAGGAGAGCUAGGGCUUUGCUUAUAGAAGCUGUAUGAUGUUUACGAUGGACGUAAGAGGGAAGGACCCAUUGUCAUAAUUUUCUUCUGGUGAAUACUGAACCUAAAACCCAAUAGUAUAUUUCAUACUGUUCGUUGACAUAAUACAAAUCCUUGAUGGACA